AUGGCCGCGAGCAGAGCAAAAGGAGAAGUGGGUCUAGGAGGGGAAAUUACCGAGCUAACAGGAAACCAAGUCGAUAAGAACACAGCAGCUGGGAGUAAGCACAUAAAGCAAAGAUUAGCUGGACAUCAGCACCUCGUUUGGCCUCAACUGCCCCCCGAAUGUGCGGACACAGGAGCCCUCGGCUGUGGGGUCCCCACCUACGAGCCCAACCUGUCCAGAGUGGUCGGAGGCGAAGAUGUGAGGCCCAACAGCUGGCCUUGGCAGGUCUCCCUCCAGUACCUCUCGGGUAGCAAAUGGCAUCACACGUGUGGUGGAACUCUCAUUGACAACAACUGGGUGAUGACGGCUGGUCACUGCAUUGGCUCACGUACCUAUCGAGUGCUGAUUGGGAAACACAGCCUUUCUUCAGAUGAACAAGGAACCAUUAUCUCCGAUGUCCAGAAGAUUGUGGUCCACCCUCAAUGGGACUCAAGCAAGCUUUCCAAUGGGAAUGACAUCGCCUUGAUCAAACUUGCCCAGCCUGUCAGCCUGUCCAGCAAAAUUCAGCUGGCCUGCCUCCCGCCUGCCAAUGCUAUCCUGCCCCAUAACUUCGCUUGCUAUGUCACUGGCUGGGGAAGACUACAGACCGGUGGAGCUCUUCCCGACAUCUUGCAGCAGGGUCGUUUGCUGGUGGUGGACUUCGAGACUUGCUCCAGUUCCGGCUGGUGGGGCAGCUCUGUGAAAACCAACAUGGUCUGUGCUGGGGGAGACGGGGUCAUCUCCAGCUGCAAUGGAGACUCCGGAGGCCCCCUGAACUGUCUGGGAGAUAACGGCCAAUGGGAAGUGCACGGCGUCGUCAGUUUCGGCUCCGCCUUGGGCUGCAACUACUACCGCAAGCCCUCCGUCUUCACUCGCGUCUCCAACUACAACAGCUGGAUCAAUGAGGUUAUUGCAAGUGACUAACUUGGAACGACCUAGGAGUAAGACCAAGACCUAAAAGAAUUGCGAAGGAGAAAAUAAAGCAUGAAAUGAAUUAAA